AAUGCAAGCAGAGAUUAAAAAUAUACCAUUAAAUUCUGGAAAAUACACAACCUAAUAGAGACUUGGUAGUGGUUCUUUUGGAGAGAUCUAUUUAGUCAUUAGUUAAUCUAAUGAGAUAUUGGCAGCUAAAUUUGUAAUUAUUUUAUUUGAAUCUAUUUAGGAAGAGGCCAAGUCAAAACAUCCUUAAUUAGUUUUUGAAGCAAAGGUGACAAAAGCAUUACAAGGAGGAAGUAGGUUUUUGUAAUAAAUAAAAUUAGUUGGGAUUCCUGUUUUACAUUGGUUUGGAUAAGAGGCAGGAUUAAAUGUUAUGGUGAUUGAUUUACUGGGGCCAAAUUUGGAAGACUUAUUUAAUUUAUGUCAAAGGAAGUUUUCAUUAAAAACAGUCAUCAUGUUGGCAGAUCAAAUGAUUCAAAGGGUUGAAUAUAUGCAUUCCAAAAGUUUCAUACAUAGGGAUAUCAAACCAGACAACUUUCUUAUAGGAUUAGGAAGGAAAUCUAAUACAGUGGUAAAUAAUCAGAUUACUAAAUUUAGUACAUACUUGAUUUUGGUUUGAGUAAGAAAUAUCGAGAUGCUAAGACUCAUUAACAUAUACCAUACAGAGAAAAUAAAAAUCUUACAGGAACAGCAAGAUAUGCUAGCAUUAAUGCACAUCUUGGUAUAGAAUAAUCAAGGAGAGAUGACUUAGAAGCUAUUGGCUAUGUUAUGGUCUAUUUACUUAGAAGUUAUUUACCUUGGUAAGGAAUCAAAGCAAAUAAUAAAUAAGAGAAAUAUCAUAAAAUUAUGGAAAAGAAGAUGACCACUCCAGUUGAAGUUUUGUGUAAGACUUUACCAAGUAAGAUCAAAUAUGAUGUUUUUAGUUGAAUUUUCAACCUAUUUAAAUUAUUGUCGAUCAUUAAGAUUUGAAGAUAAACCUGAUUAUAGUUUUCUGAGAAAGAUGUUCAAAGAACUCUUCUAGAAACAUGGAUAUGAUUGGGAUUAUUAAUAUGAUUGGUGUUUAGCUAUAAAUGGAUAAAAAACAAAUACAUAUAAUAAUGGUAAAAUAACGAUUCAAGUAAAUGCUAAUUAAUAUGAUGCUGAUGAAAAUUAACCUCCAAUUACUAUUUAAAUUAGUAAAUACAUUUAUUAAUUUAAUAGAUGAGAAAGUGUAAGAUAAAUAAGUUGUAGAAUCUAAGAUAAUAGAAAAUAAAUAUUAAAGAGUUUAGAAUCCAGAUAAUGAUAUAGAUUAAACAGAAUAAAUUGCAAGAAAUCUUAUGGGAAAUGAAUAAUUUAAUAAAUAAUAAGAAUAAAUUAAAAAGAAUCUUUUGGGUGAUAGUGAAAUUAAAUUAUCAAUCCCUAAUAAUACCAAUUAAAAGAAUUAGGCACCAAUUGAAACAGUUUUCAAUCCAAGAGUUGUUAUUUAAGUAUUAAUUAUUUAAAAUACUAUAGAAAAAAACUAUUUAUGAAAGAUUAGGACAAAGUAUGGCUAUCGAUUUUACUGUUGAUAAGCUGUUAUAAAAAUUAUAGAAUGAUCCAAAACUUAAGAGUUACUUUGUAAAAACAGACAUGAAAAAACUGAAUUCAUAGAUGUAAGCCUUUCUUACCAUGCUUUUUGGAGGGUAAGAAGAAAUAAUGAUUUAGACCUUCUAAUUAUAUGGGAAGAGAUAUGCUAGAAGCACAUAGAGGAUUAGGAAUUGAUGAUACUCAUUUUAAUCUUGUAGUCAAGCAUUUAAGUGAUACUCUUGUAAAUUUGGCACUUCCAGAAGAUAUUGUGGCUGAAGUAGUUGAGGUGUGCGAAUCUCUUAGAGAUGAUGUACUUGGAAAAGGAUGA